CUCUCGACGACGUCGUCGUACUUUUGUAGCAAGCAGCCUCCUUCUUCUGUCCAGAACGCGCGCAGUGUAGAUGGGUUCAUUCGUCAGUAGAUCAUCGCCAGCCAACAUGAGUGGACCAGUGGCCGAAUUCGUCAAGGGCGCCAUCGCCAAGGACAAGGUCGUAAUCUUUUCCAAGACCUACUGCCCGUACUGCACGAUGGCCAAGGAGCCCUUCAAGAAGCUGAACCAUCCCGUCACUUGCUACGAGCUGGACCACCGAAAGGACGGGGGCGAGAUUCAGGCCGUGCUCGGUGAGAUGACCGGAGCCAGCACGGUGCCACGUGUGUUCAUCAACGGAAACUUUGUCGGUGGCGGCACGGACAUCAAGAAGAUGUACUCGGACGGCCGAUUAGAGAAGAUGCUGGCCUAAGAUUACUCGCACAGCGCACAAAUUCAGCACUUUAAUUUAAUCCUCAAUUCAGCCUCAAAAUAAGGUUUAUGUGAAUCACCCCCAGAAUAUGACAAUACACCCAGCAAAGUCCUCGUUUAUUUUCGGUUAGUUUUGUGUUUAGCAAUAAUAAAUCAAUAAAGUUGGCUUUUUAGCUGUUAAAACCAAUCACUCUCUAAAA